CCAUUUACUAGGAAAUGUUGAAAAUGAAGAAGACGAGGAUCAUGUUGUAUUAGAAAGACCAAUGGACACACCAGCAGUCGUAGGGGCUGUGUACAAGCAAAAUACUCUUGGUAACUAUGAGCUUGUAGAGUUACCAGUGAGGGAAGGUCCGGGUGAAGGAGGAGCGGCAGUCAGAACGCAACCGUCGGAGAAAGCAAUGGUAGACAAACUGAUCCAGGAGUAUGGUUUUAAUCAGUACGUCAGCGAUAAGAUAUCAUUGGACAGAAACAUUGCCGACCUCAGAAGUCAACAAUGCAAGCACUGGCAAUAUCCCGAGACACUACCCACCACCAGCGUAAUAAUAGUAUUUCACAACGAAGGCUGGUCCACGCUACUCCGUACAGUUCACAGCGUGUUCAAUCGUUCACCGCCACAGCUGUUACACGAGAUCAUUUUAGUGGAUGAUUUUAGCACAAAAGAACAUCUGAAAGAGCGUCUUGAAGACUACAUCCAGGAAAGCAGGUUUGGUGAUAAAAUGAAGCUGGUGAGGAACUCGGCUAGAGAGGGCCUGAUCAGGACCAGGAUCAUAGGAGCCCGCCAUGCCACGGGAGAUGUGCUGCUGUGGUUGGACGCUCAUUGUGAAGUGGGGAUCAACUGGCUACCUCCUCUCCUCACUCCCAUCGCCGUUAACAGGACAACGGCAGUGUGUCCGAUCAUUGAUGUGAUAGAUAACAUGGAUUAUAGGGUGUAUCCACAGGGUACAGGUGAUCAGGAUAGGGGUGGCUUUGACUGGAGUCUCUACUGGAAACAUCUUCCUGUACCAGAGUUUGAGAAACGCAGGAGACAGCAUCCUUCAGAACCCUACAGGUCACCAGCAAUGGCAGGAGGACUAUUUGCCAUGGACAGAAAAUAUUUCUUUGAACUCGGUGCUUACGAUGAAGGACUUGAAAUCUGGGGUGGAGAAAACUUUGAACUAUCUUUUAAAAUUUGGAUGUGCGGAGGGUCGUUAUUGUGGGUACCUUGUUCCAGAGUUGGUCAUGUCUAUAGGAUAUUAGGGAAAGUCCCCUAUUCAGCUCCAAAUGGAAGCAUGCUUAUACUCAGUGAAAGGAAUUUACGGCGUGUGGUAGAGGUGUGGUUUGACGACUACAAAGAGUAUUUCUACAGGAGCAAGCCAGAGUCCCUACUUGUGUCAACAGGAAAUAUAGAGAAACAGCUUGCAUUCAGGGAAAAGUUUAAAUGCAAGUCCUUUGGUUGGUUUAUGAAAGAGAUUGCACCAGAUGUCAUAGAGAAAUACCCUCUGCCUCAUGCUAACAAAUUCUGGGGAGAGAUUCGAAAUAAAAAGGGGGCACACUGCGUCGACUCGAUGGGGUCAAAGGACGGUGGGCGUGUGGGGAUUUCAUACUGCCAUGGGGCAGGAGGUAACCAGCUGUUCCGGGUGACCGAUAACGGUCAGCUGCGUAUCCAUGACCAGUGUGCCUAUGACCAUUAUAAGGAGGUCAGGUUAAGAAGAUGCGGUGGCUCAGGCGGAGGAUGGUCCUUUGAUGAGUCAACGGGUCUUUUACAUCAUGCAGGCACAAGCCAGUGUGUGGAACACAAGCCAGGGGCUAAUGAGAUCAUACUUGCCAAAUGUCUAUCCUCAAAACCAAGUCAAUUAUGGGAAAUCAGCAGUAAACAUCUCAGGCAUCAUUAACCCACAGCAUCUCAUUAUCCGCAAACGAUAAGACGUCAAACUCCAAUUCUCUGACCGUUAACGCCUAAUCUACGAUCAUCACGGGGUAUUCAUAUCCGGCUAGUUGUAAGAUCUCCUGAGGAUGCUGCAUGGGGAUCGUACAAUUUUGGUAUGGAUUCAUGAUCACUGUAGAGUCUAUGUUUUUCUUUAGUGCAGAAAAAAAUCAAAUCGUAGAAUUGUAGCCCUUAAAUACAUUGUAGGCGCAUUGUACGAUCAGCGAAGUUGCAUCAUAUGAUCAGUGCAAGGGCUUGGUCUAUGGUUUAGCCGCCCUACAAUCAGUAUAGGGAUAUCAUACGAAUCCUUGUAGGCCUCUGUAUGGCAUUGCCUUUGGCCCUGUAAGAUACCCUACAUAAGAUAUUCUCCAUUGGUUAAAAUAAUGUAAACACAGAAAUCAUAGCUUGUAGCCACCUGCGAUGCCCUAAAACAGUCAUACAAUGAUCGCAGCAAAUGUGAAUGUAACUGAAUAGGUUACUAUGUUGGAGCAUAGAGUUCCAAAGCGAUUACACGUUACUCUUUCUUCCGGAAGCAUAAUGAACAACUUCCACAAGCUAAAUUGGUGGGUAUCGAUCUACGUUGGGUCCAAGAUGCAGUCGUAUGAAUACGGUAAGUAUCGGACUAUAAACCGCACCUUUUCCUCGGCGGGCAAGAGCCAAAAGUCGGGGUGCGAUUAAUCCACAGAGCUAGGUCUGAGCCGAGCCAGACUCAGCCUGAAAAUAAACCAAGACCACUACCAGUUUACAACUCGUCGGGUGGCCAAGCGUAACCGCUUGGGGCAAUGUCGUUUAGAGGGGUACUAGCCGUGGGUAAAAAUGGGAAGCGACUCUGACUACUGGUAUCUUAAUCAAUAAAUGUCCAUCUAAGAUUGAUUGCAGUAACAAACGCACCUACCUUCAUGAACCUGAAAUUGAUUUUAUGAAUAGUGAGAGUUUAUUGUCAUUGAUUCACAGUGAAAAAGUUCAGACAUUCGCCAAUCGACAGCACAGCGCAGCCAAAUGAGACCUGCAUGUUUAUUGCAACGUCGACGUAAGCUGGCUCUAUUCACCUAACCAUGGCAGAUAAAAGGGAUAGAAAGUCAGUUUGAUUACUUUUUUUUUGUGUGAUUCAUCCGAAAAUGAUGGUGCGGUUAAUUCACGAGUGGUUUAUAGUCCGAUACAGACCCUACUUAGCCCCAUUGAAAUCGGUGUAAAUUGGUCUUGUUCAAACAUUGUUGAACCAGCCAAUAAACACUGAUGUUACUAGUGCCUAGCAGGUUUUCAUUUAUUCAUUUCAUGGACCACCAUGCACCAAUUUAUAUCAAAUUAGUUGUGUGGAAGAUUUUAAUCAUACUCUUUUGAAACAUGGUCACAAAAUUGCUGAAAUGCACAAAGUAAGAUUGAUGACGUCACAUUUUAUUGUAGUAGGUAUUUCAAUACCACAUCGGGGUCAAUUCUGAUGGCUUGCAUCAGCAUUUUAUUAUUGCUUCUCUAAGUCACAAAAGAAGUGCUAGAGGUUAUGGGUUCAAACUUUUCCCCUGAUGAUUAAAGUGUACUUGCUAUCAGCAUCAUGCUCUAGUUUUGCUGAUCUAAUAAUCAUUUUCCUGCCUGAAAAGUCAUUAAUUAAAAAACCAUUUUUAGAAAAUCUAUGCUUUUCAUCUAAUGCCAAAAAAUUGUUAUUUUCAACUCAAUUAAGUUGUCUUUUCAAAUAUUUUUGUAACGUUACAGAUAAUUCACUAUUUUUUAUUUGAUUUUACUCUUUAUGAAUGUUGCUAUCCAAAUGGAGUUUGAUUAGUGGUAUUUAUCUAAAAACUAGUUUUACUUGUACACAUAUUCUGAACUCUAUCAUCAGCAUCUCUUUUUCAAUUAAAUAUUUCUAUUUUCUUUAGUAAUUUUAAUAUUUUUAAGAAAGUGCAAUAUUCAUUUAGAGAAUUUAUCUCUGAGAUGAAGAUUAUUUUAGGGAGUUUCAUUCUAUGUACUAUGCGAUGCUUGUGAAAGCUUGAUAUUUUGCAUGUAUGUGUAUUCAGUUUUGUACUCUUUCGCAAGUGUAGAGCUUGAACAUCAUGCAUUGCUUUUGAUGCGAAAUCAAAUAUAAUGUUUCAAUAGGUUAUGACAUGUUAAUAUCUUAAUAUGGUAACUUCACUGUAUUGCCUAAAAAUACUUAUAUUGUUGGUAACCAUCAUUUAAAGUAUUGCUGUUAUAAAAAAAAAAUUAUAGAAUUUUGAUAGUCUAGUUACCGAUGAAUUUAUCUUAUAUUACAAUGGAGAUGAAAUUUUUUGAAAAUGCAAGUCCAAGAGUCUCAGCUUGAUCUAUUUUCAUUUUGUUUGGUUAGAAAUAAGAAUUAAUGCAUUUUGAAAUUGAUUAUUAUAAUUGUAUUUGUGUGACAUUUGAAGUUGUGGUGGACAAAAUUGAUACAUGGGUUUGAUUUUGAUUUUUAGAAGUAAACAUCUUUAAUAUUAUUCAAUCUUGAUGUAGCAUGUCUGCAUAUCAUUUCACUGCAGAAAAAAGAAUGUCCAAAGAUAUGGUAAAUUAUGAUAUGCAUUUUUCUUGCCAAAGUAUAAACCCCAGUUGGCAGAAUUACGAAACCCAAAGACUGGAUAUUUGUGUAUUUUUGCAUCAUCUAUUGAAAAAAAAGAAAAAAUGUCCUUGUCAAUCUGUAAUCAUAUUAUUGUUUGCAUGAUCGGGGGGGGGGGGGGGGGCAUUACACAACAAGUUAUGAUCGAAGACAACUCCAAAGUCAAACGCAAUAUGAUCUCUACCAACAAAACGCUUUUGAGUUGUGUUUAAAUGCAACAAAUUUCUGCAACACACCAAUGAGAGCAUUUCAUGAAAGGACCUGUUGGACGUUUUAUCCGACACGUCUCAAUUUAUCCGACAGUGCUUCUCAGCCAAUCAAAAUCAAGGAAAGGCGUCAGAUCUGACAUCUUGUCGGACAAAAAUAUUGAUGAAACACUCCCCUGGUGGGCGUUUCAUGAAAGUUGUCAGCACUGACUAAAGUGCCAGUGCUGACAAUAGUGAAAUCCUUGCUUUUGAUCGGUGAGAAAUUCUGGCCUCUGACUGUUACUAUGGUAACUGUCAGAGAAAGUAAACUUUGUCAGUGCUGACAACUUUCAUGAAACGGUCCAUAGGAGGGUGUUGUUUCACAAAGAGUAAAGUGUGACAUAGAGUCAAAGACCCGUAUUCUGAACUCGGGUUUAAAUUAAACCCUGGUUCAAAGUUGUUGUUUAACUAUGGAGAGCCAAUUGGGGCACGAGCCCCUUACAGUAAACAUUCAAUUUAUUAACUCAAAUGACGCUCAAAUUGUUCAUAAUUGUCUGGGAAUGAUAACUGAAGUAUUUUUCUUUGUUAUGAAAGCAAAUG